AUGACAGGUGUACUCUUCGGGGCCCACGCUGUGAUUAUGAGUCGACUGGUGCUUCGAGAUUCGAACAGUGUAGACUCCUUUGUCUCGGUUCAGCACGGCAUUCAAUCGCGCCUUGCAACCAAUUCCCGAUCAACGGAGACUGCAGCGGUACAGUAUUCAGAAGUGCAUCUCGCUCCGCAGUACUACAAGCAGCUAUUCCUGUGCAUUGUAGAUAUGGCUAUAGUAAAAGGUUACAUUGUUCACUGCAUCACUCUCAAGAAAAGAGGAGUAUCUCCGCCCACCCAUGCUGAUCAUCUACGCAGCAUGCACAACCAGUUGCUAUCCCUUCAACCGAUCAAUUUCGAAAGACACAUGAACACGGAAGACCUGGUCAGUGUACCUAUUCCAAGGCGAGCGCACGUCCUGGUCAACACGGACGAGUUCUAUUCAUCCGGAAAACAGCACAAGCGACCCCAAUAUCUAUGCAAGGUGCGCUCUGCGUUUGCUGACAAGAACGCAAAGUCGUAUGAGUCCAGCUACUUUUGUCAGGAAUGCAGUGCUGCGUUUGGCGGUCGAGUACCGCUGUGCGACAGUAUUCGACGCAAGGAGGAGGGGAACACACACACACACCUGCUAAGAGAUCUGACACGAGGCCUGGAACGACGGCAAAGCGAUUCCUCCUGGACUGAAAAAGAAGGUCAGAUCCCGCAAACGAAAAGAGAGAGAAGAAGACUGAGUUUAGUUUAG